UCUAAAUUUAAUACGAUCAAACAAUUAUUUAGUUUUUUUUUAGAAAUUUUAUAAAAGAAAUAUUACGUAAAAAUAUAUAUGACUUAUAUGUGAUUAAAAUUAUAAUUACUUAAUUAGAAAAAAUAUUUUUCAUUCAAAAAUACAUAAAGAAAAACAAGAAGAAUAGCUCAAAUAAAUUUUUUAAAGUUUUCGAAUUGGAGAAUCCCCACUGCGUGUUUUAUCUAAUUAGCAGUGUGCUAUUCCCACUUCAAAAAUUUUUUUUAACUUUGUGGUAAUGAAUCAAUACUUUUAAAAAUUUUUUUAUAAGACGAAAUUCUUAGGAAAAGACCUAAAUCAUAUUCGAAACUAAAAAGCUUUUGAAGGUAAACAAAAUAUUUUUCAAUACAUAAGAAGUUUGUGUACUAAGUAAAAUUAAGAGUCCAAUUUUAAAUCUAAAAAUAAUAUUCAUAAAAAAGCUUUAUCAAUGAAAACCAUGUGGCCAGAAAAUGUUGGAAUUUUAGCAAUCGAUGUAAUAUUUCCAUCUCAAUAUGUUGAUCAAACGGAAUUGGAAAUAUUUGAUGGUGUUUCUGCUGGAAAAUAUACAAUUGGUUUAGGACAAGAUAAAAUGGGCUUCUGUUCGGAUCGUGAAGACAUAAAUUCCUUAUGUUUAACUGUUGUCAACCGCUUAUUAGAACGUAAUCAUAUCAAACCAACAUCAAUUGGACGAUUAGAAGUUGGUACUGAAACUAUUAUCGACAAAUCAAAAAGUGUUAAAUCAGUUUUAAUGCAAUUAUUUGCACAACAUGGUGUGACAGAUUUAGAAGGAAUUGAUACAACGAAUGCUUGUUAUGGUGGAACUGCUGCAUUAUUCAAUUCAAUUAAUUGGAUAGAAUCAUCUAGUUGGGAUGGACGUUUAGCAAUAGCGGUAUGCGCUGAUAUUGCUGUUUAUGCCAAAGGUAAUGCGCGGCCAACAGGUGGAGCUGGAGCAAUUGCAAUGCUUGUGGGACCAAAUGCACCAUUAGUAUUUGAUAGAGGUUUACGAGCAACAUAUAUGCAACAUUGUUAUGACUUUUAUAAGCCAGAUUUAAGUUCUGAAUAUCCUGUUGUCGAUGGAAAGUUAUCAAUACAAUGUUACAUGAAAGCUUUAGACAAUUGUUAUCAAUUGUAUAGAAAGAAAUUCGAACAAAAGUUUCCAGAUUUUCCAAAAGUUGGUUUAGAUGCAUUAGAUGGUAUUGUCUUCCAUUCACCAUUUUGUAAACUUGUACAAAAAUCAUUAGCUCGUUUAGGUUUAAAUGAUUUUCUAUUAACAAGCGAAGAAAAACGUUCUAUUAAAUAUCCCGGUUUAGAAAAAUUCAAUAAUGUUAAACUGGAAGAUACAUAUAUGGAUCGUGAUGUGGAAAGAGCUUUUAUGCAAGCAUUUAAUACCGUUUUUGAAGCGAAAACCAAAAACUCGUUAUUAAUUGCAAAUCAAGUUGGAAAUAUGUAUACACCAUCUGUAUAUUCCUGUUUAAUAUCAUUACUUAUUAACACUGACGAAAAACAAUUGUUAGGUAAACGUAUAGCUUUAUUCUCAUAUGGUUCUGGAUUAGCAUCAUCAAUGUACUCAAUUCAUAUAACAAAAGAUUGUGAAUUACUACAAAAAUUACUUGACCAAUUAAAAUAUGUAAAACCUUUAUUAGAAUCAAGAAUUAAAUCAAGUCCCGAAGAAUUUUCAGAAUUAAUGGAAAUACGGGAAAAGAAUAACCAUUCAGCACCAUAUGAACCAUCUGGUAGUAUUGAUGUACUAUUCGGUGGUACAUAUUAUUUAAAAAAUGUUGAUGAAGUACAUAGAAGAACAUAUGAACGUGUGCCUAUAUCAAAUCAACAAUUAACAAAUGGUUGUCAAUCAUCAUAAUAUAAGAGGUUUCUUUUCAAUAACUUAUUAUUAUUAAUUUUACUUACAUUAUUUUUAUUUUUAUUAUGGUUUAGUAAACAUCGGAAUAAUUGUAGAAGAUAUUGUAGUAAAGUUUUAGAUGAGAUAAUUAUUAUUUUGUUAUUAAUAAUUUGACAAAAAUUAAACAAAAUUACAUAUAAGAAGAAAAACAAUAUAUGUAUGUAGCUAAAUAUGAAAAAUGUACCUUUUAAAAUUAUUAUUUUUACAUAUUUUUUUGUUUAUAAAGAAAAAGGGAAAAAAGGAUAAUACAUUAUGGUACUUGUAAACAAUAAUUUACAAUUUAUAUUUACAUUUUAUUAUCUUUCUUGUUGGCUUGUAGAAUUUUGAAUAUACAGCUUUUUAUAGAGCUUAAAAACAUAAAAUAUUUUUGAAUAUUUAAAUAAAAAUGUGUUAAUAUUCAUAUUGUUUAAAAUUUGGUAAAAAUUGAAGUCCAAAAUUUAUUUUGUAAAUAAUUAUUACAAUUAAAAAUUUAAGCAUGUAUUUAUUUUGGCUUUGUUCUUGAGGUUCGAAGUUACUUUGCAAUUAUAAUGCAAUAAUACAUAACUUGUAAAUUUGCUUUAUGAAUAGAAUGUUUUAUGAUAGUAUUUAACAAAUUUUUGAGCAAAUUUUGAUUGUAAAGUAAAGAAAUUCGAUGCAAGUUUUUUGCUUUUAUUUCUAAAACAAAUUUUUGCCGAAAAACAUAACACUAAUUUAUUAAAGAAAAGUUACUCUAUAAUUUUUACAACAAUUUCUACAUUAAAAACAAAUCAUUAUAUCAAUUAUAUUGAUAUUCAACUUAAUUGACAAUAUUAUAUUAACUGAUUACUAUAAGGUAUAAUCAAUAUAACAGCAUAAAAAUCAUUUCUAUCUUCAAAGGUUCAAAAUAUAGUUAAUAAUAAUAUUGUAACUGAAAACGUGAAUAAAUUUUAAUAACUAGUUUUGCAAAAAGAUAAAAAUUAGCUGCUAUAAUUCAAAUUAACUAGAAAAUUUUACUUUUCUGUUAUAUUUAUUAAUAAGUUUUUAUACAUUUUAAUAUAAUUUUUAAUAUUUUCGCAAAAUUCUUAACUUAAUAUCAAAACUAUGGGAUUAAAAAAUAUUUAAAAAAAAUAAGAAAGUAUCGAUUUUAGUUUGAAAUAAGAUCAUAUUUAAUAUUUUAAUUUUACAUAAAUCUAUAAUAUUGUGGAGUUCCUUAUUUUAUUCUUAUGAAUUUUUUCUUAUUAUGCAUUGCAUUUUAAAAAAGAUAAUAAUUUUAUAAAAUAUUCUCAAAUCAUUUAAUUUAAUUCAAUAAUAUUUUACGCCACACAUUACUAGCAUACUGCAAAUCUCUUCGUUUUAAUAAAUUAGUAAAAUAGGAUUAUAUAACAGCCUCAAUGAAUAAUCUUAGAUAGCAUAUGUACAUAUAAUUAAUUGUAUUGAAAAGUAUUUACAUAAUAUAUGGUAUAUUUAUAAGGGGCAAGACCUCAUUAUUUUCAUUAAAUAAAUAUUUUCGAAAAAUAAGAAUUAUUCUCUGGAAAGUUUCUAGAUGACAUUCAUUCACGUCUUAGUAGCAUGUCACAUAAAUGAAUUCAAUUUGCAAUAGAUAUUAUGUAUAUUAUAACAAUUUUUUGUUAAUUUUUGGAAUGUUUAUUAAAAAUGAAAGUGAAAAAGAAAAGUAAAGCUGUAUUGUGUUAUCAAACAUAAUAUUAUAUAAAUUCGCAUAUUUAUUUAAUCAUUUCCAUCUUAUUUACCAUAUAUUCUGCACUAAAGCCUUUGAAGAAAAGAAAAACGUCUUUUUUUAAAUUAAAAAUGCUGGUCAUAGCAAAAUUAUUUCAAAAUAUUUUGAAUCCCAUAUUGUAAUCGCAUAUAUCCAUAAUUCUUUCCUAGCCUAUUAUUGAGGCAUUUUUAUGAAUUUUGUGAUAUCAAAAAAAAAUUAAUUCAUUUUGGUCUUGAUUAUUAUAAUUUUGAAGGCGCUUCAUUCAAAGUUCUAACUUAAAAAAAUUUUAAAAACAAAAGUAUAAUUGAAAAAAAAAAAUAAAAAUAUUAAGGUUUAUUAUCUUUAUAAACCGUCUCUAUUUGACAAUAAACGUAAAAUAUUUUAAUAUAGCUACUUUUAUUUAAAAGAUGUUAUAUACAAUAAAUAAAUAUUUAAGCUUACAUUAUAUAAGUUUGGAAAGAUAUUUAAGCGAAUUAAUUUAAAAAAAUUGAA